AUGGCCGCGCGGGCCCUCCUCCUCCGGGCAACCGCCCGCUGCUGCUCCCCUCUCCACUCCCCCACCGCCGCCCCGCGCCUCCACCCGCGGCUCCGCAGCCACGCCGCCGCCGCCGCUCCCCAGCUCCGCUUCCCCGCGCUUUCCUUCUCCGCCUCCGCCGUGUCCACCAGCUCGCACGGCCCCAGCGGCGGUGACGCCGGCGAGGGGGAGGAUGACAAGGGAGCGUACGAGAACUACCUGGGGAUGAGCGACGACGAGCUCAUGGCGCAGUGCGACAUGGGCACCUUCAAGUCCUCCGGGCCCGGCGGCCAGCACCGCAACAAGCGCGAGUCCGCCGUGCGCCUCCGCCACCACCCCACCGGCAUCGUCGCCCAGGCUGUGGAGGAUAGGUCACAACAUAAGAAUCGAUCGUCUGCUUUAUCUCGGCUUCGGACCCUGAUUGCUCUUAAAGUUAGGAGGCCGAUAAACCUUGAUAACUACACUCCUCCAGUUGAACUUCUUCAGAUAUUGCCACUGAAGUCUACCAUUCGAUCAAAGGAUGUUGGCAGCCAAAUUGGGCCAAAUAACCCAAAAUUUUCUCCAGGAAUGCAAGCUUUAUUAGAUCUUCUAUUUGCUGUUGAAGGUUCUGUAUCAGAGGCAGCGAAAAUUCUAGGCCUAAGCACUGGUGCCCUGUCAAGGUUAAUUCUAUCAGAUGAUUCUCUCCGAGCGGCUGCAAAUGAACUGCGAGCCUCCAAGUCGAGUUCCAGCAAUAACUAG